CUUGCGCACACUACCUACCCACGAUGCAGCGCGGUUGCAUACAACAUAGCCAUCUUGUCAAGAGUAACUGAGUGAGGGAGGUAACUGUAGGCGCUGUUUAGAGUCUCAUUUGUGUUAAAGCGUAAACAAUUAAGAGCAUUUCCUCACUCGACCGCGGUUAGCUACGAAGUAAGUGUCGCCCCCGAAUGACAUAAGCUUAUGUGGUGAGUGGACACAAAGGACUGUUUUCAGGAAGAUGUCUUGUAUACUUGUUCCGACGUAGGGGGAGUGUGCAGCAGCCAGUUGGCUUGACUUGCUAGCUUGCUCGGUGAGUGGAGGGCUGUGGGCCCUCCUCAGCCUGAAGUGGGUCCUGCAGCUGGGCAACACACUCUGCGACAACGGCCGUUUGGGCAACUGUACAACCGCGACAUUAGCAGGCCGGUCCGGACUGACAGAAAGCUCCGGAUCAGUAAUCCUACAGGCUGCUGCUGGUAUCUAAAGCCGCAUUGCUGGACAAGACGACACGAAGUGUGGCGUUGCGUUAUGAGCUCAUGAAACGCAACAGGAGAUCGAGAGUGGAAGAGGGAUGGCGUAUAUUCACCUUGAUUACAGUUAGCUUGGCUAAGUAAAAUAUAUGUAAUCGUCCUGUUUAGUAUGAUCUUCGCUUUAAGAAGCUGCAACCAGCUCGUCUCUUUCUAAGGGAGGAGAAACUUAGCCACACGGGACUUGGUUGAUGAGCUUGAUCAGGCUGGCAAUAUGUCGAAAAUGCCGGCCAAGAAAAAGAGCUGUUUUCAGAUCACGAGUGUGACUCAGGCCCAGGUGGCGGGUAUAGGUGCCGCCGACGACACGGAGAGUCUGGACGAUCCAGACGAGUCACGGACUGAAGAUGUCUCGUCAGAGAUAUACGACAUGUCAAGGGCUGAGUACGAGCCUGCAUGUGAAAUUAAUGUAUCUGAAGAAGCCCUGAAUAAUGUCGGGGAGUCAGAGGCAAUCAUUGUUAUGGCACCAUCACACAUACCUCAAGGCGGUCAGGUGUCUGCCAUGUCAGGCAAUAUCAUGGGGGAGUUUCGAAAGGUGGGAGUGUCGGGCUCAACUCAAGGUGGUCCGCAGCCUCCGGGGCUCGGCGCUACUACCGGUGUGUCCCUCUUCACUCAGCCUGGGGCAAUGCAGCAACAGCCUGCUCCAGCAGCCAGCGGUCCAGUAAACACAUCCCAACCUGCUGCAGUGACCAGUCCAGCUCCUCCUCCUGCCACCUCCACGGUGAGUUGCACUUCACGCUUCAGGGUCAUUAAACUCGAUCAUGGUACUGGAGAACCCUUUCGAAGAGGCAGGUGGACAUGUACGGAGUUUUAUGAGAAAGACUCUGAGGGCUCUGCUGUUAGUAGAACUGGGGAUAGCAUUAGGCAUGCCAGUGCAACAACACUGGACCCUGCUGCAGACAGAGACAGUGGGCUUGGGCAUACAGGAGGAUCUGUGGUUACCCCGGCAACACACUCAGGUCAGGGCUUGGGCUCUGUGGCGGAUGCUUCUCUCUCUUCGUCCCGCAUGCAUUUGGUGGAGAUGCCGCCACCGCAGCAGCAGCAGCAGCAGCAGAUCCACCAUCCUAACUACAGCGCCACACAGAGUGCUUUCUCCAGCAUCAAGCCAACAGUGGGAAGUCUCCAGCCUUCUGCUCCCCAGAGCGUGCUGCCUCUCGGACAAAACGGCCUGCCUCAAUCUGUUAUCCACAUGCAGAAGUCCCCCAUAAUGCCUCUUUCAGCUCAGCCCAUUGCUUACCCUCCCCUGCAGCAGCAACAGCCGGUUCCUAUUGGCCACCAGCUGAACAGCGUGUCUUCUGGAUUGCUACAGAACCAGACAGAGUACUAUCAGCAGCAACAGCCCACCUCCAUGCAGUCAGGAGUAUCCACUGGCCAGACCCUUCCAGUGUCCAGCCUCUCAGCGGGGCUACAGCCUGUGGGACAAGGACACACUUCGGUUUUGCUUCCAUCCUCUGGAGGGGCUUCCGUGCCCAGUCAGGUUGGAGAUGUUGUAGGAGCAGGAGGAGGGUCUGUGCCUACCGGACAGCCAGCUCCAGGCCUCUUGCAGCAGCAGACAGGAGGAAUGGGAGGUGUAGGAGGCUCCAUGCUGGUUGGUGGAUCUGCUUUGCAUCCGCAGGCAGUGAGUCAGUAUACAGCCACUGGACAGCCUCAACCCCACGGCAUCCUCUCUACAUCCUCCGGUGUACAAAAUGUGCCUGCCAUCGCAGUGAGCGCCACUGUGAUCACUGCUGUGUCCAGUGCCUCCAGUGCAGCCAUGCCAAAUGCGACGACCUCCAGUUUGCCUCCAGGUCAGAUACCCCACAGCAGGACUCUAGUGGCUUUGGGGAUGCAGGGCCUCCCAGCAACUGGAUUUGGACAUAAAGAGGGUGGUGUUGGAGGGAAGUUAGAGGGUCUUGUCAAUGCACAGUCUCCUGUUGUCUCUGGUAAGGAACCAGUGAGGUCCCUCAUGCCUGAGAGCCUGCAGCUCGCCACUCCCACUGUCAACAGCCUGUUUGGAAUCCACAUACCUGAUGACGGAGAUAUGGACAGGAACCCCUCCAAGGCGUUCUACCAAGCCUUCCAGUCUUGCAGCAGAUUAAGAGACUCAAAGGCCCACAGUGAUAGGGCCUCUGGAACCAAUGUUGCAGCCAUUGACAAUAAAAUUGAACAGGCAAUGGACCUAGUAAAAAGCCAUCUGAUGUAUGCGGUGCGUGAAGAGGUGGAGGUCUUAAAGGAGCAGAUCAAGGAGCUGUUUGAGAGGAACUCUGUGCUGGAGAGGGAGAACGCGGUGUUGAAAUCUUUGGCCAACAGCGAGCAGCUGUCCCAGCUGCCUGCGCAGUCGGCCACCAGCUCCGGCACCACGCCCCCCCAGCAAGGACUCAUCCAGCCUCAGCCACAGGCCCAGCCUCCGCUUCAAGUUCAGCCUCAGCCUCAGUCACACGGCCAGCUCCAGCUCCAGCACCACCCCAAACCCCAGCAGCUCCAGACUCAGCUCGAUCCUGGCCAACAACAAAUGCAACCCAACGUCACCUCUGCUUGAAGCGCAUCGGCCCUGCUUUGCAUAAGGCAGAAAAAAAAGAGCAUCUUCUCUACAACUUAUUACAGUUAGUUUAUGUGAAAUUAAAAAGAAGAAAAAAAAGAAAACCGUCUUCUUAGCCACCAGCUUUUUUGUGUGUGUGUGUGUGUGUGUGUGUGUGUGUGUGUGUGUGUGUGUGUGUGUGUGUGUGUGUGUGUGUGUGUGUGUGUGUGUGUGUGUGUGUGUGUGUGUGUGUGUGUGUGUGUGUGUGUGUGUGUGUGUGUGUGUGUGUGUGUGUGUGUGUGUGUGUGUGUGUGUGUGUGUGUGUGUGUGUGUGUGUGUGUGUGUGUGUGUGUGUGUGUGUGUGUGUGUGUGUGUGUGUGUGUGUGAGAGAAUUGAUGUUGGAAUGUGUGUGUGUAUGCAUCUGUACUGUGGGCCUUUCCAGUGUUAAUGCAAUCAUUGAGAGAGACAGAGAGACUUGGACAGAGAAAGUGUGUGUAGAGACAGAGUGUCAGGGAAGGUCGGGGUGUUUGUUUUCAUCUUGGCACCGUUCCCGGAGUGGUUGACUGCUGGGUCCAAGCUCGUGGACAGGAUGUCUUCUCUUGGACCCGGCCCAAGCCAGACCGGUCGCGACCUGACCCGAAACCUCAAACCGUGUGUGUUGGAAAGGGAGGGCUUCACCCCGCAUAAGGGACAAAAGGGAGGGAUUGUCAGAAGAGAGAGCAAUUAUUUUUUUUAAAUGAGAUAAUUGAGUGGGUAAAGGGGUAUUUUUUAGCAUUGCUGUUUCAUGUUGUAAAGAAAAAAGAGGCAGUGAGAGUGUUUUUCAGAGCGCCACACCGCGGCCGUUACUUUUACAUCAAAUCCAACCCUUGCAUCAGUCUUUUGAGUUCUACUGUUAAGUGUUUUAUUUAUUACAGGGCUGCUAUUCUCAUAAAUGAACAGUUUCACAACACCUGUUUAACCAUAGCCCAGUGACUUGUUUCCUCUUCUACAGUGUUUCAACAGAUUGGCCAUAUUUCCCGAUGCUUUAAUUGUUAAAAAGUUAGGUGAAAGCGAAAAUCUGACAAAGGUUUAACACUAACUACAGUUUUGCGCUGCGAUUGCCAAUUCCUAGCUCAAGUCCAUAUCCAGUAUGAAUGUACAUUUAUGUAUAGUAUAAAGUAUUAAGAGCCUUAAUGGGUGACUCCUCGCCUGUUUACAUCAAAUCUUAACGAGAGCCUGCAGAUGGUGUUUGAACAUUCAAUUCUGUUGGUAGUUAUCUAAAAGAGAAUUAGUAUUGCCAUCACCCCCCCUACUUCAUGUUUCUUUCUCCCAAUGUCUUUCCUGAGGGUGUGUGGGGGGGGGGAAGCUGUGAAAUCAUUCAACCUACUUUGUAACCAAAGAUGCAAAGCUGUGUAAAUUGAUUAUUUUUAAAUGCACACAUGUAUUUCUUUCAUGUAUUUUUUUUUCUUUUGUUACUUCUUCCUCCACAAAAUAGUUUGUUGCUGUUCAGCAUGUUCUGCAUGAUCUGUAAUCUUCAAACCAAUUUCUUACCUCAUUUUUAUUCAGCACUCUUAUUGUAAGAUAGUCUGUGAACAGUGUAAAUGGGGGAGGGGGGGGUGAUGCGGUGCAGAGAGAAAAAUAACCUAGUGUUACUGACACUAGUCCCAGAAAAAUGAAGUGAGCCAUGUUUUGUUCAUUUAAAUGGUGUUUGAAUUUCAUAUGCCAAUAGUUUUGUUACAUUGCAAAUUUUAAUGUAUUUAAAUAAAAGCAAUAUUCAGA